GACAAUGAACUUCCCCUGUCUGAAGGACGAGCAGUCGCCACUGGAUAAGUCAGUGGUUUCUCAGUUUUGUGCUGACAGAAGAUGGAGCCAUUGUCAGGUCAAAUAAAUGCCCCCGAUGAUAUUCACAAAUGCUAUCCAGCUUGCCAGUGUCUUACAACGUCUCUAUGCAAUGAAUAGCAUGUGAAGACAGAAGCACAAACCCUUUCAUAUAAACAGAGCUGAUCAACACCUCAACAUUUGAUGGAGCUAAUUUGACCUGUUAAUUUACCUCAGUGUAUUGGUGUCUUUUUAUUCUCCCAUCAUAUUCUGAAAUCCAGAAGUAGCUGAAGGUGUGUGACUCUUAUCAGAUACAUCAGGUGUUCAGCAGGGUGUAUAAAUAAUGGACAAACAGUGAAGGUCAGAACAAACCUGCACCUGUAACAACCACGCUAACUUUUUAGACACAGCUCCGGGGCCAUGGCGAUGUUUGGAAAGGUUUUAGAGCCAGUGGGCUACAUGCAGACUGUGAGGGUUCUGGUCCAGGGCAUUUGCUCGUACCUAGGUGGCAGCGCGACAGCAGAGGAGACUGAAUUGGCUAAGAAGAACCUGGACAGUAUUGAUCAGGAGCUGGGAGCAUCAGGUCAGGGGCUGCUGGAUGACCAGGAAGUCCACCGUCUGGAGGAUGACCUGGCUGUGGUCUACUACCAGCUGGGCACUGCGGUGAGGGCCCAGUCUGAAUUCACAAAGAAGGAGAAGGAGGUGUUCCUCCAGUACGUGCAGGACUACCGACUGGAGAGGCAGCUGACGGCGCUCUACAACCGGCUGAUGGGCGUGUCCGCUCUGACCGACCAGCCCACCCUCCUGGAAGAGCUCAUACUGAGCCGCAAACCCAAACGCUGGGAGCUGAGGGAGUUCUGCGUCAAGGUAAACUUUGUCCUGGGCACCGGGCUGCUGUGCCUCUUCACUCAGGCCUGUUUGACAGGCAGAGACCAGGCUCUGCUGAUGAAGACCUGGUCUGAUCGCAUGGGUGCCCUCUACAGGAAAAUGAAAAACACAGGAGGACGCUGCCUGGGCUACUUCUUGGAGCAGGCAGAGCAUGAUGUUCGGCAGCAGCUCGAUGAGGCCGUGCAGAACCGUGCCCCCCCUGAUGAGGCGGCUGCUUCCAUCCUGAAGACCCUGGAGAAGAACUAUGAUUGGCUGCGCUGGGCAGUGAUGCUCCAUCCUGCCAUCGGACCCCUGGAGGACGAUGAGAAAGAUGAGGAGGCUACAGAUGAAAAUGCGGGCAUUCCAGCUGAAAAGCAGCCCAACCAUUUCCUGUCUGUGGCGUCUGACUCACCAGUUCCCCACGUGGUGGCAUGUUACCGUGACACACCCACCUCUUUGGACAAGAGCCGCAUCCACCAGCUCAUCGUGGACCUGGAGUGGAAGAUCCCCAACCCACCGCCAGAGGUGUAUGCUGCCAUUGAAGAAGACCCAGGCAGGGCAAGACGCUACCUGGCCUCACGGAUGCUGCAGAAGCUGCAGGAGGGGCUGGGAUCUGGGGUUGCGGUCCACGUGGUGCCAGGCCGGAUGGAAAUGAAGUGCAACUUCCCCCCAGCCUCCUACUACCUCUAUGAGUACAAACACCGGCUGGCCUCCGGCACAGUGUGUGUGUUUGGAUAAAAAAUAGAAAGAAGAGGAGCUUUUGAAGAAGAUACAUGCUGUUCACACACAUGUUUCAUAAUCAUAUUACAAUAUCAGCUUUAUUUCUGCUGCUUUCACAGUGCCAGAAACUUGUCUUGUGUUAUAUUUCAUCAAAUAAAUGUCAUUUUAGAGAAAAACAAAUGGCUUACAUUUGAGUUUUUAAAUUCCAGCUUAUCACAAUGCAGGUCUUAUAAAGUGGGAGUUAAGAGAAUAUCAGUACUGAUAUUCUUUUAGACCCCACUGACCUAUCAGUGCAUAAGAUGACAUUCACCAGUGACAGGUGUGUAUCUGUGGUUGCACAAGAAGCUCCCUCUCUGAUAAUUCGACAGCAUCUGAGUGCAGCUGCACCUCAUUCAGUUCUGUUUCAGUAGAGCUAAAUUCAGUUCAGUGCACUACCAAGUAGUUGUUGAAGUGUCUGAAUCUGCGGUGGAUUGUACUGUGUGCGUCUCUGAUGGUACUGUCAGAUUAAUGACGUAAAUGUGAGAUUAUAAACCCUUAGCAAUUAGCAACAAAACUAUAAAAAAGUAAACAAAUAAAAAAACUUCUGUAUCAGCAUUGGUCACAGAAUUUUAGACUCAGUGCCUCCCUCAUCUACUGAUGUGUUUUUUUCAAAGCUGAUCCCUGUAAUAGAGAAGAGAAUCUGUGCCUCUUCAGGUUAUGCCCAACGGGACCUUAAACGUACUGCAGUCAGUGGUGAGAAAGUCUUUUUUGGAUUCUAUUUCAAUCAUGACAUCAUUUUCUCAUGGUGUUUGUCAGUUUAAAAGAUAAUUUUACAAGUCAAGAAAGUAUCAGACAAUGAAAAUAUGUCACUGCAAAGACUAGAAACAUGUGGAGCUGACAUCAUAACUGUCUCUGUCAUUGACCAGACUUGUAGAGAUUUUCCACCCUUGUAAUACCUUUCCACCAGAUUCUUGAAGAAGUGGUGAAAUAUGCUGACAUAAGUGUUUUGGUGUCAGCGACACAUAUCAUGAGAUGCAGUCUGCUGAGCCAUUUCCCACAAACCUACGUUGCUUUACUAUCUUUACCACAAACUGAGUUUCUUGACAUGUAAAAUUAUACUUUAAAACAAUUCAAUUCACAAAGGC